GGAAAAAUGCAGAAUCAACGAAUUUCAUGAAAUUCUAAGAGGAUUAAGUCAGAAACUGGCUUGUAUCAGGGCUGGCGUUUUGACGGACGUUUCCCUGGUUUUGUGAAUGCCACGCGCUUGCGCCUGCCGGUUCCAGUAGAAGGAUUGAUGCUGUCAGGGAUUGGAGCGCUCGUUAUAACUCUCUCUUGAAGCGAGCGCGGGACCCACGCCAGACCCGGAAGCCCUAGACAAAGCAAUGCGCGUGCCGCUUGUUGAGGACCACUUUGUCGACACGCAGCCUUCGGGCACGAUGCUGAAGGUCGAGGAGGGCCAAGCCUGCGGCGUCUUGUGUGCCGCGGACGACGAGCUCGCCGGCCCUGCCAGGCGCGGGGCAGAGAGCUCUUCAGGCGCCACGCCUGGCCAGACCAGGGCCACCGCAGCUUCCCACGAACCCGCUGCCUCCACCACACCUUUCGCCACCUCGGCUCCAAACGGCGCGGCCGCCAACGGUAACGGUAACGGUGACACGUCCGUGUACGACGAAUAUGAUGAGAUCGACGCGUACGGCGACAAUGAGGACGGAGAUGCGGCGGCGGGGGCGCUCGGCAGCGGCAGCGACGGCGACACAUUCUCCGAGCUUUCGGAUCCGGGGGGAACCGAGGUGGUGUAUGUGCGCGAGGGCGUGGCGGUGUGGCCCGGCCCCCGCGCCCCCCGCAUCCCCGGCCGCCUGUCGCUGGUGAAGCAGGCGGGGGUGCUGUUCCUGGCCUGGCUGCCGUACAGCCGCGGCUGCCUGCAGCAGGACGGCAGCUUCAGGGUGGUGCCGGCAGCGGCAGGCCGCCCUGCCGGCAAGGCUGCAGCUGCGGCGCCCGUCGCAAAGCCGCAGCGGGCCGAGUCGGCGCCGGCUGCGGCUGCGGCGGCGGCGGCGCGCAGCGGCUCCGACGCGGCAGCUGCUGGUGGCAUGAGGGCCGGCGGCGGGGCGGCGUCUCUGGCCAGUGCCGGCAGUGCUGGUGCUGCUUUCGCCGCUGCCGCGUCAGACCGCACGCAGUACGCGGUGCACCCCAUUGCGCUGAGCGAGGUGCGCUGCCUGCGGCGCCACAGCCCGCCGCUGGGCCUGGGCUGGGGCUGUCCCAGCCUGACGGUGGUGCUGGCCAGCGGCGUCACGUUGCCGCCGCUGCACUUCACACGCGGCGGCAUCAAGGCGCUCAUCACCACUCUGAAGCAGCACAUCUACUUGCAGCGGGCGGCUGGCGACCCGUCCGCCUACCUGGUGAAUGACACAACCGACCCGCUGGCGCGCUCGCUGUCGGCGCUGGCGCUGGCGGACGUGCUGAUCGGCGGGCCGCCACACGGCGCCUCCGCCACCUUCCAGCCCGGACAGGGCGUGGUGGCGGCCGCGGCGGCGGCCGCGGUCGCCGGGGACCCCAGCAGCUUCGUGGACGGGGUGGUGGGAUUGGAAGCGGCAGGCCGCGGCGCCGCCGCCGCCGCCUCCGGCGGCGGCGUGGGCCUGGCGGCUGCAGCCGCAGCUGCGGGGAGCAGGACGGGCGUGUCGGGGGCGGGGGCAGGGGCGGGGGCGGGGGGGCCUCAGGGUGAGCCGCCACGGCCGGGUCCGGGCACCGAGGGCCACUUCCUGGGCCCGGGUACGGGUCUGCGCCUGGGCUCGGGCCAGGCUGUGUCUUGGUCCUGGGCCGACGCCCCCACCAGCAACAGCACCGGCGCUACUGCUAUUGCUGGUGCUACCGCUGGCGCGGGUGCGGGUGCGGGUGCUGGUGCGGGUGCUGGUGCGGGCGGCAUGCGCAUGGGUGGUGGCGGCGGCAGCGGCGCGGGGCUGGCGCCGGGCCGCAGCGGCAGCAGCAGCUGCCCGCCGGUGGCGGAGGAGGAAGACGGCUACGCGGUCGCGCGCGUGGCGUCGGAGGACGCCGAGGCGGGGCCCCCGGCCAGCGGCCACGGCGGCAACAACGACGGCGAUGAUGCAGGCGAAGACGCCGAUGACGAUGAAGACGGGUACGGCCCGUGGGGCAGUGGCGGCGGCGGCGGGGCCGGCGGCGGCGGCGGGCAGUGGGCGUUUGGCAUCGUGAGCGCCAUCAACCGCUUCGUACAGAACGUGCGGGGUACGGCAAGCAGCUGGAUGAGCGCGCUGGACGAGUUUGAUGACGUGGACUCAGACCUGUACGGCGGCAGCGGCAGCGGUUUCCGUACAGCGUACGACAACGGCGGCAGCCAGGGCCCUCUGGAGCAGGGGCAGGAGGAGUGGGGUGAGGCGUCGGCGUCGGCGGCCCAAGGGUGGCGCACCCAGCGCGGCGGCAGCGGCGCUGGGAGUGGGAAGGGGCACCACAGCAGCACCGCGGGCUGUGGCGGGAGUUAUGGCAACGGGGCGGGCACUAGUGGCAACGGGUCAGGGCCGGCGGCGGCAGUAGCACGCCGCUGUAGCUCGGACAUGGGGCGUGCAGGCAGCGCCGCCAGCGCCAGUGGCGGCGCGUGGGGCGCGGCCAUUGGGCUGGGCGAGCUGGCGGCCCUUGGGCUACCGCCCGGGCCCUUGGACGGCGCCGGCCCUUCGUCUACGAAGGGCGGCGGAGCCGCCGCAGGCCCUUCAUCUACCCGCGGCGGCGGCGGCGGCGCUGCAAAUGGUCGCGGCGGCGGUGGCGAGGUGGCUACUGAGGUGGGCGAGUUUGAGCUGUUGGACGACGGCGGCUGUUACGGCGAGGCGGCGGCGCACCCCGCGGGCCGGCGGCGGGUGCGGCCGCCGCCGCUGUCCGCAGAGGAGUGGGCGUCCAUGUUCGAUGCGGAGGGCCGGCUGGUGUCGGAGGCGGCCAUGCGCGACCGGGUGGCUGCCAGCGGCUGUGAGCCGAGUCUGCGGCGGGAGGUGUGGAAAUGGCUGCUGGGCAUGUACCCUCGCGGCAGCACGGCGGCACAGCGCGCGGCGCUGACGCAGAAGUGGGCGGCCGACUACCUCGGGCUGCGGGCGCAGUGGCAGAGCCGCACGCCGGCGCAGGAGGCGCGCUGUGCCGCCUGGCGCGGCGCCCGCAGCGCAGUGGACAAGGACGUGCGCCGCACCGACCGCCGCCACCCCUUCUUCGCGCGGGAGGGCGGCGCCGGGCUGCGCGCGCUGCGGGCGGUGCUGCUGAGCCACGUGACGUACGACGCCGACCUGGGCUACUGCCAGGGCAUGUCGGACCUGGCCUCGCCGCUGCUGGUGGUUAUGCGGGACGAGGCGGAGGCCUUCUGGGCGCUGGCAGCGCUCAUGGAGCGGCACGGCCCCUGCUUCGCCGCCGACCUGGCGGGCAUGAGCGGGCAGCUGGCGGCGCUGCGGCAGCUGGUGCAGCUGUUGGACCCGCCUCUGCACGCCGCCCUGGAGGCCCGCGAUUGCCUGUCCUACUACUUCGCAUUCCGCUGGCUGCUCAUCCACUUCAAGCGCGAAUUCAAGUUUGACGACGUGUUGAGUCUGUGGGAGUCGUGCUGGGCCUGUCGCCGCACCCGCCACCUGCACCUGUACCUGGCGGCCGCGGUGCUCAUACACCACCGCCGCCUCAUCCUGGCCAGCGAUCUGGAUUUCGACGGCAUGUUGCGCUUCUGCAUCGGGCUGGAGGGCAAGAUGGACCUAAGGCCGCUGCUGGACAUUGCGGAGGCGCUGGUGGGGUAUGGGGGCGAGGCCGGCCGGGAGGUGACAGCGGGGCUGCCAUGAGAGGGACGGCGGCAGCAGCAGCGGAGGCGGCCGUGCGCUAAUAGCGCUGUUGACGCUGUUGGCGACCGCAGCAGUUGACGUGUGCCGUCGCCAUCACCACCGCACACGUGUGCGCCAUGUCAAGUGUGAAGACGCACGUGUGACUGUGCGACUUGCGCUGUUGUUGUCGUUGGUGCUUGUUGUGGAUGUACCCAGCCUUGAAGCAGGGAGUGAGGCCGUGGGUGAGGCCCAAGUGUGUGUGUGUGUGUGAGCGAGUUGAUCCUACCGUACGCUGGGUUGUGGCGUGUCCGCCAUUCGGGCGCCUGCCUCAAACCUACUCGUUCAGUUCACGAGUUGCGAUGGCAUCGUAAGAGCGCACCGGCGUAUGGCAAACGCACCUGAGGCCGCAUUGUAAGCCUGCCAUGGCGCGUUUGCGGAGAAAUGAUGGUCUUCUGGCGGCGGUCUGGACUCAGGGCUAUGUGCGCAGGCCUCAGGCACUUCAUUGUGUUGUUAUUUAGCUGAGUUGUUAGCGGAUUGUGCUCCCCUGUUUGUCUCUGGCUUUGGGCCAAUGUGCUGCCCGGGCUUUCCGGCCUGGCGGGCGUGAGCUGUUUUGCCCCCACGAGCGUGUGUGUAUCUGUAGCAGCAGGCGUGUAUCUCGAGGAAGCGUGUCAACGGCUGUCGCGGGCUGCUAGCUUGCAUGACGGAAGAGUGGAAGGUAAACAACAGGUAGCCACAAUGCCACCUGACUUCAAGUCAAAGCUUCGGACCCGCCCGACGAUGAACACCCCGGACGUGUCGCUUGUCAGCGGCACGGGCAGCUGGCAGGAUUGUGCCGGCAUCCACCACGCCCGUUUUCAGGGACACCGCCGCUGUAGGCCCCUGCAUAUCUGAGCGUGUUUUGCGUUAGGUGAAAUCAUAGGGCGUUUGAGCUUUUGAGUUGUGUAAAGAUGGUCUAGGCAUGCAGGUCUGAACGUGCUUGAAGCGGGUUACGCGGUCCAAACGGCGAAGGCACAGCCCAUGCAUGCCGCGCUCAUGAAUGGCAUAUUGUUGCUGCGCACACAGUCACCACGCGAUACAGU